CUACUCCCCUCUCCACCAAUUGCUGAUGUGUGGUGAGCAUACUGAUGACCUAUGGCUGCCGUCCCAUCAUCCAGGUGGAUGCUGCACAUUGAUGUGAUGGAUGGUGACAGUGAAAUAAAGGAGCAUCUGAGGCUUCAGUUUCAAGCUCUUCAAGAGCAACAAGUUCAGCGCAUCCAGAGAAGACUGGAGAUGAGAAAGGAGAUGGACAGAGAUGAGACAAGCUCAAACACUGCUCCUCUCAGCAGUCUGGACAAUAUGAACCUCACAGAAGAGGGUGAAGACAUGAUGGAUCUGUUCAAUGCCAGAGUGAUCCAGAAUGAAAAUGAACAGUUGCAUGAUCAACUAAGAGAGCUGAGGGAUGAGAACGGCAGACUCCAUAAACUACUGAGUGAGAAAGACUUUGAGAUUAAACACCUGAAGAAAAAGAGAGAAGAGGAGAGGUUAGCAUUAGCAGGUACAGCUGGUCUGGCAGGAGAUGCUGCAGCAACCAAAAUUGUGGAACUGUCCAAAAAGAAUCGAGAGUUAGCUGCAGAAAUUGAACGGGAGAAGACCAAAACUAAACAAGCAAACAACCGAAUCAAAGAACUAGAGAAAGAGCUUCAGGCCAUACUGUUACUUCAUCCUGGACAGAAGUCAUACAAAAAGCAGACUUCAAAGAAUGUAGAAGACCAUAUUGAGAACAGUCCAGUGGUAAAAUCAUUACAGGAGAAACUGUCUGCAGCACAACUGAAAAUGACUGAGUACCGUAACCAGAUUCAGUCAUUUAAACAAGAGUUAAAAAUAGCUCAUAAGGUGUUGUGCUGUGAGGUGGGUGAGUAUGUCAAUAUUCAGCAGAUACUGUGUAAUCCAGGAGGCUGGAGAGGUCGCUCACAGCAGAUCCUCGCUCUUCAGAACAGAGUGCGAGACCUGGAACAACAAUUGAGCCAAUCAUCUCACAGGAAGCAGCUAUAUGACCUCAGUCUGGAGGAGGAGAUCUGGCCUGGAGGAGGACAGAAGACACAGGACAGAAAUCUUAGCCACAUCCGUAAUAGAGAGAGAGAGCGGAAGGAGACCCUGGAGAAGCUCACUAAGGAUUAUGAGGUUCUCCUUGAAGAGCACACAGACAUGAAGAAGAAACUGGAGGGCUCCAAAGCCAGAAACAAAGUGUUAAGCACAGAAAUCAAAGCUCUGAAGAGUCAGAUCAGCACUCUACUGGAUAAGGGCAAACAUGACAACGAGCUGGUUGAUGCGCUACUGAAGCAGCAGACGCAGUGGCAGGCCAUGCUGCAUCAUGUGAGCCAGAAAAGGUCCAAGCUCGAAGAGGCCCAGCAGGGCCUGGAGAAGCAGCUACAAUGUGAGGCCCAGCAGGACAACUCCCUCAUCCAGCAGCUCAAACACAUGGUGUCAGAGAAGGAGAAGAAAGUAAAGGAGCUGGAGCAGGAGAUCCAAAAGCUCGCCAUCAAGAAACAAGAAGCAGGUGGCUCGAGGAUGCCAGCUAACAUCAGACCAUCAACAUCACGACAGCAGAACAGCAGGGAGUCCAACUCUGCCGGGGAUGCACGAGCAGCCUGUCCAGAGUGUGCUGUUAAAAUUCCAUCACUCCAAACUCAGUGUGCAGAGUAUAAGGCUCUCUAUCAGACUGUCAGUGUGGAGAGAGACAGACUGCUGGAGCUGACCAAAGUGCAGCAAACCAGGGAAGAAGAGGUGAAGCGCCAAUGUGUAGAAGCUGAGCAGAAACUCAGACAAGAAUGGCAGCGUUCAGUUCUACUAGAACAGCAGCUGGAGAGAGCCAAACUGGACUUAAAGAAAGAGUCAAAUCUGCAAACAUCUGAUCGGAGCAGAAGAGGAAGCUCUGGCAGCACUCUGAGUCUCCCUGAGAAACAGGAGGGCUUGUCUCCCAGAAGCUCCCUUGAUGCUCAACUUAGUGAACUCAAAGCACGGCUGGCACUGCAACUGGAGGAAAACGAGGCCUUAAGAACCACUCUGAGGAACACUAUAAAGGACAAGACAUAAGAAGCAGUUAUGCAG